AUGCGUCUGCUCCCCUCAGUCGCUGCCCUCACGGUGGCGGCGGUCUGUCAGUCAUUCGACCCCCUCGCCUUUGUCGACCCCUUAAUUGGGUCUCGGAAUGGCGGCAACGUCUUCGCAGGCGCAACAUUACCCUACGGCCUCGCUAAAGCCGUCGCCGACGUCGACGGACAAAAGACAGGCGGCUUCUCAACGGACGGCAGCAACAUCACCGGCUUCAGCAUUCUUCACGACAGCGGGACGGGAGGGAACCCGAGCCUCGGCAAUUUUCCGCUCUUCCCCCAGGUCUGCCCCGGCGACGAACUAAACAACUGUCGCUUCCGGAUCGGGGACCGCGCGACGCACUAUGACCCAAACAAGACCGUCGCCGAGCCGGGCUACUUCUCCGUCGAAUUGACCUCGGGAGUGAAGGCCGACAUGACAGUGUCCCAGCAUGCGGCACUCAUGCGGUUCAAGUUUCCGAGUGGUGACGAACACCCGCUCGUUCUGCUGGACCUGACCGACCUCUGGGCCAGUCGACAGAAUGCUUCCGUGACGGUCGACACCCCUACCGGUCGAAUGCUUGGCAAUGGCACCUUUCUUCCAAGCUUCGGUGCCGGGACUUAUGCGCUUUACUACUGUGUUGACUUCUUCGGGGCCAAGGUCUUCGAUACCGGGGUCUGGGUCAACAGCCGCGCUGGGAACGAGCCCAAGGAGCUCUUCAUUACCAGGGGCUUCAACAUGUUCUACCUCCAGGGCGGCGGCUUCGUUCGCUUCAAAGAACUGACCAACAACACCGUCACCGCCAGGGUGGGUGUGUCGUUCAAGAGCAGCGAUCAGGCGUGCCGGAACGCCCAAAAGGAGAUUGCCGACCCGCUGGGCAGAUUUGACUCGCUUGUCAAGACAGCCAAGGACGCCUGGCGGGAGAAGCUGGGCCCAGUCUCUAUCAAAGCGGGUGGUGCGACUGAAGAUAUCCAAAAGAGUUUCUGGAGCGGCUUGUAUCGCAACAUGAUCUCGCCUCAGAACUACACCGGAGAAAAUCCGUAUUGGGAUAGUGGUAUCCCGUACUUUGACUCCUUUUACUGCAUUUGGGACAGCUUCCGCGCCCAACACCCGCUACUCACAGUGAUUGACCCUGCCGCUCAGACGCAGAUGGUCAGCUCGAUGCUCGAUAUAUACAGGCACGAAGGCUGGCUGCCGGACUGCCGUAUGUCCAUGUGCAAAGGCUGGACGCAAGGAGGCUCCAACGCCGACGUGGUCCUUGUCGACGCCUACGUCAAGAACUUGACCUCGAUAGACUGGAACCUAGCCCUCGAAGCAAUCACCAAAGACGCCGAGAACGAGCCACCAGUCUGGUCAUACGAGGGCCGUGGUGGACUCGCAAGCUGGAAGAACCUCCAAUACAUUACGUACCUCGACUUCGACCCCGUUGGCUUCGGCACGAACUCGAGGAGCGUGUCGAGGACCCUGGAAUACUCUUACAACGACUACUGCCUCGCAACACUGGCACGGGGUUUGGGAGAGGAUGCGCUCCAUAGCAAGUAUAUGGCGCGGAGCAUGAACUGGCAAAAUCUGUGGAAAGCCGACCAGAAGUCUCUGAUCAACGGAGCCGACACGAAUUUCACCGGGUUCUUCCAGCCAAAGUACCUGAACGGGACGUGGGGGUUUCAAGACCCAAUAGCUUGCUCAAACCUCGCUGGAUUCUGCUCACUGACAACGAACCCGAGCGAGACGUUCGAGGCGAGCAUCUGGCAGUACCAGUUCCUUGUCCCGCACUCGACCUCGACCCUGAUCGACUUGAUGGGCGGCGACGAGGGUUUCGUCUCCCGCCUCAAAUACUUCCAUGCCUCACCCCUGGCCGACAUCUCCAACGAGCCCGUGUUCCUCACCGUCUAUCUCUACCACUAUGCCGGCCGCCCAGGCCUGUCGGCGGAGCGAAUCCACCAGUAUAUUCCUUCGGCGUUUAACUCCUCACUUGGCGGACUGGCCGGGAACGACGACUCGGGUGCCAUGGGCGCCUUCUACGCGUUCUCCGCGAUGGGCCUGUUCCCCGUGGCAGGGCAGGACGUGUAUCUCAUCACGCCGCCGUUCUUCGAGGAGGUCAGCGUCAAGAGCCCCACUACAGGCAAGACCGCAACGGUGAGGUGCGUGGGGUUCGAUGCCGCGUACAAGAACAUCUAUGUCCAGAGUGCCAAGCUUGACGGCGAGACGUACAACAGGAGCUGGAUCGGCCAUGAUUUCUUCGGGCAAGGCAAGACAUUGGAGUUGACGUUGGGGAAUAAGGAGUCCGGCUGGGGGAGGAGUAGAGAGGCCAGGCCGCCGAGCUAUGUCGCUGUGUCGAAAUCGUGA